AUGAAAUAGUUAAAAAGUAUGGCUUAGAAUGAUAAGUUUGAUGCCAGAAAUUAAGCUGCAAAAUUCUAUGUAAAAUAAAGUGGAAUUAAAAUUACAAACACAGUUUUGAUGGAUACUUUAUAAGCUAUUAUAGCAAAUUGA